AGGUAGUCUUGGCAAGUACACUCAGCAUUACUCUCAGAGCUUGGGUAGUUUUUAUGUUGCCCUCUGAGCCAGACCCCUCCAGUCAUGAACAGUGAACAGCACUAUUAUGCCUCCGCUCAGCUUUACAAGGAUUCGUGCGCUUUUCAGAGAACGCAGAGCCAGGACUAUAACCACAGCCCACCGCAGUGUCUGUACAUGGGGCGGCAGCAACUGGCUUCUUUCUCCACACCGGCCCUGGGUGGUGUAGAGCAGGGCAGCCCUCCGGACAUUUCUGCUUAUGAAAUACCGCUAAUUCCCGAGGACCCCGGCGUCUCCCACCUUCAUCACCACGCGUCUCAGCAUCACCACCUUACCCACCAGCAGGUGAUGGGAUUCGGGGACAUGGCGGAGAUGGCACUACUCGAUGAGCGCAGCAGGGUCCAGCUGCCGUUCCCCUGGAUGAAAUCCACGAAAUCGCACGCCCACACCUGGAAAGGACAAUGGCCAGGUGGGUCGUACAUGGCGGAGCAGGAGGAAAACAAGCGCACAAGAACCGCGUACACGAGAGCCCAGCUUCUAGAAUUAGAGAAAGAGUUUCUCUUCAACAAAUACAUAUCCCGACCACGGAGAGUGGAACUGGCGGUGAUGCUCAACCUGACCGAGAGACACAUAAAGAUCUGGUUCCAGAACCGGAGGAUGAAAUGGAAAAAAGAAGAAGACAAAAAGAGGACGAGGAACGGUGACCCAGAGCAGGACUCCUCCGUCUCCUCCGGGGAUUUGAAGGACGAGCCCUGUGGCGCUUCGACUCUGCAGACCAGGGAAUUGGUCACCGCCAGCGUCGCUUCUUCUCCGCAGACCAGCAUCACCCAGGGGUCCGCGUUAAGAACCCCAGCAUGAUGAUAAUCACGGUGGACAGCUGGAAAUCAAACAUGUAUUAUAUUACUGUACCCGGAAGAGUGCUGAAAAAGACACGGCGAGAUUCAGUCAAAGCGGAACCCGUGUGGUAACAUUAACACCCCUUUCAGAAUUAAACGUAAUCCUCAGAAACGGAAAGUAAAUGAAGCAUUUUUAUUGGAGGGGAUGAUGUUCAGGGAGCUUUUAGAAGGACAAACUUCCCAGAAAAGUGCUUGCUUUGUGUUCUGGUUCCCGAGGAUCUCCUAGUUUCUUUGGACUGGUUCCCCCCACGCGGUCAACGCCGCCGCCUUUCCCUGUGUUUUUACCGUCGGCUUUCUGCAUGGUGGAGAAGACUGCGUUCUAACGUGCGUUUACCAAAGAAACAUAGCAGUGAGGCUUUGAUACUUUUGCACUAGAAAACAAUGAAUUAUCAUCAUUAUUAUGAGUAUUAUUACUAUUACGCGCAUUAAUGUGGAUUACUGGAUUUAGAGACUGCCAAGGUUACUGUAGAACGAUAUAUAAUGGCGUGAUUACUUUUCUUGCUUCACAGCUGAAGUAUGGAUUUAUUUCCCGAAACGUCUUAUGUACAUCCAAAUUUAUAUAUAUAUAAUCCAAGGAGGCUGAAAUAUCACCUGCAUUAUAAAGUAUAAUAAUAAUAAUAAUAAUAAUAAUAAUAAUAAUAAUAAUAAUAAUAAUAAUAAUAAUAAUAAUAAUAAUAAUAAUAAUGCAAUUGCCUUUGUAGUAUUUGUUGUUUAAAAAACACUGUGAAUUGAGGAAAUGUGUAUUUAUUUUCAAACGUUGUGAAUCACGAAGUAUAACAUGAUUCCUGGUAGUUUUUUUAAACAAUGUUGCUGAUUGUGCAUUGCACACCCUUUACAACCUUUAAAACCAGUGAGUUAUUAUAACUGUACAGGAAUAUACAACAAGCCUUACUGUCUGUGUCUGUUUCACUCAUCAGUCACGUGUUUAUGUAUCGCGUAACUGUGUGUAUAAUACUAGGGAUGUAUAUGAGUUACUGUGUGGAUCUCUCAUCACAUUGCAGUACUAAGUGAUUGUAAUAAAGAAAUGUGGGGAUUCAUUUCAUAUCAACAUCAUUUUAUUUGAUCGAUUCCUAACCUGCCAGUAUAAUUCUUUAAAUUCAUCUCUACAGAUCUGGUUAAAUGCACUAGAAGUGCUGAUGGCUACGAGUUCAGACGUGCACUUGAAAUGCUGAAUUAUCAAUUACACUACAUUUGGUUUGUAACAAAGGUAAUGACAGCAUGUUGUGAAUACUUGCAUGCAUGCUACAUCGCUUUCCAGGGUAGUUAUGAAGGUUUAUGCACGUAGUUAGAGAGUCCUGUAGACUUUGUGACUACAUGAGGAAUGCUAUAUACAGCCUGAUUUUCAGAAGGCGCAGUUCUACAGAGAAUAUCGAGCUCUCAAUGCAUUUGCACUGUGAGUUUUUUUGCUACCUAAUUAUACGACUCGAUUUUCAACAGGGGCAGGUUAAUUUCUCCGACUCGCAACGCCCUUUGCGACUCCUGCUUACGACUGCUUUAAUUGAAACGACAAUUGAUUUUCAGGUUCACUAACAAGCCAAUUAGUCACAUUGCAAUAGUCUGGACUUCCAUUCAACUGGAAAACAACGAGGCAGCGCACAUGUAGUCGCAAUAAUUGGAAAAAAGAAAGGAAAAUACAUUCUUAGCACCCAAGUUGAGCUUUUGCUCGAUGAUAUUUUAGCACAUCAAAAUGUUCUUUUCGACAAAAGCUCAGGAGCCACUGCUAAAUAAUAAUAAUAAUAAUAAUAAUAAUAAUAAUAAUAAUAAUAAUAAUAAUAAUAAUAAUAAUAAUAAUAAUACAGUGUGCCUAUAGAAAAUAAAACAAUCCUUAAUUUAUUUCAAUAUCACAAUGUAUUCUCUGAUGCAAUAUCAAUAUUCAUAUU